UUGGCACCGGAGAUACGCAACAACAUCUACAGACUUCUUCUUAGAAAUUCAUUACCGUUUUUCAUCGAGCCCGCACUUCAAAAGGUAGGCACGUUUAAACUAUACGAAGUGAUAGAUAAAACUUUCCACAACAUCAUAGCCACUCUACAGGCGCUCAGCUACGUAAGUCACGAACUUCGACAGGAAGCACGAAUAUACUUCUAUAGCGUGAACAGCUUCGCGGUGCUAUGCUACGGGUACGAGUACCUUCCUGUACUCGUACGGUGGCUGGAAAGCCUUGGAUCAGAGUGCAGAGCCAUGCUGAAAAGGGUGAAGUUGUACGGUUCUAUGUGGUAUCAACCCUCACUGCCGCUCACUCAGCGUCUACACGACUUGCUACGCGAGCGCUCUAAUGUCCAACAUCUAACCCUCCAACACGGCAUUCGGCACUUCUGCGAGUCAGAUCUGUCGGGACUAAAUGCGUAUUUUAACUACACAGGCUCCGAGCCUCAUGACAGUCCGUUGCCUGAGGUCGAUGUAUCCCUCUGGACACAGACCAUUGCAGACAUGUCAAAACUCCAGAGUUUCGAACUACAGUUGAUU